ACGAAUAAAGACGUACAAAGUUCUAGAGUGCUGCAAUUUAAUAUAAUAGUGAAAUUUUUCUUAUUCGAAGAUGAUCUAUAAUAACAAAACAUUAUUAUUUUGUGUCUUUUUAUUAAUCGCAGUGGCACUGAGUGAUGGAUAUAAAAUAUUAGCUAUUUUUGCUUACAAUGCUAAAAGUCAUAACGUCAUGUUUAAUCCAUUGGUUAAAGAACUAGCAAGUCGUGGUCAUCAAGUGGAUGUUAUUACGCAUUUUCCUAUAAAAAAUGCACCACCAAACUAUAAAGUCGUUGUUAAUCUCGAUGGAACUUUGCCAAGAAUCGUUAACAAUUUCACAAUAGAUUUUAUACUAAGCUUUCGAGAUGUUGGUGUUAAUGUGCUUAGUGAACAACUCGGCAACUCGGUAUGCCAUCAAAUAUUGGCAUUAACAUCUUUGCAAAACUUUAUAAAAGAUCUUCCGAAUAAUCCAUCAUACGAUUUAGUUAUAGUUGAGGCAUUCGCAGCCAAUUGUUUUUUCGGAUUUGGUCAUUUACUACAAGUUCCGGUUGUUGCCGUUUCAUCAGCUAUUGAAUAUCCGUGGAUAAGUAGUUUUAUUGGAAAUGAUGACAAUUUAGCUUAUGUAGUAACAUCUUCUCUAUCAAUUUUUGAAAAAAUGACGUUCUGGGAACGUUUAUAUAACUUUUACUUACACAAAAAAGAAGAGUUUACUUUUCAAAGUCUUACAGAACAGAGUCAAACCGAAGCAAUGAGAAAAUAUAUCAGUCCAGAUAUUCCAAACAUCCGUGAGGUGGAAAAAAGUGUUGCCUUAACUUUAAUAAAUUCCCAUCCAGUAAUUUUUGGUGUUAAACCAAUAAUUCCUUCAUUAGUACAAGUUGGAGGAUUACAUAUUGGCCAAGAGAAGUUGGAACUAUCAUCGGAAAUGGAAAAAUGGCUUGAUGAAAGUUCCGACGGGCUCGUGUACUUCACUUUCGGUUCAAUGGCACUAAUAGAAUCACUUCCUAUGUCUACUCUUCAAAAUAUUUUUAAGACCUUUAAAAGCAUAGCUCCUAUUCGAGUUUUAAUGAAAGUAGUUGAUAAACAAAAAUUACCUCCAAGGCUGCCUCCAAAUGUUUUAACUUCUCCUUGGAUUCCUCAAGAAACUGUACUAGCUCAUAAAAAUGUUCGACUAUUCAUAACGCAUAGUGGAUUAAUGGGAAGUCAAGAAGCAUUGUACUACGGCGUACCAAUGGUGGGUGUUCCAUUAUUUGGCGAUCAGUUUCGUAAUGCUGCAGCUUUCGUUACAAAGAAUAUGUCAAUUAAACUCACUCUAGAUGAUUUGAAAACUGACGCUUUUGGAAAAGCUAUGAGAGCUGUUUUGAGUAAUCCUAAAUAUAGAUCAAGUGCUAAGCUUUACUCAAAAUUGUUUCGUGAUAGACCUAUGACUGCCAUGGAUACUGCCAUAUAUUGGAUUGAAUACACAAUUCGUAAUGACCCAUCAGUUCUACGUUCUCCAGCAUUCGAUUUGCAGUGGUGGGAAUUAGCUCAACUUGACAUUUACGCUUUUUUCUUUGUCAGUGUCACUGUUCUACUAAUUCUAACAUAUUGUAUAGUAAACUUUUUCAUUAGAAAAUUAUUUUAUAGUUUCCGAGUAAAAAUAAAAACUACUCGUAACAACUUUCAAACAGCAGUUAUUAGUAUUAAUAGACGUCAAUCGUCUAUCAUUUACCACCAACAAAUAUUGUCAUGCACGUUUGAACUACAAUUUUAUUUUAUGACUGAGAAGUUAAAUGACUUCCUGAUUCUUCUACUUCUGGUUUUCGUUUCAGUCAGAUGCUUUCCACCGUUCUCUGUUGAAUGUUUUUCAAAAUGCAUAAUUAUCUAUACGUCCAAUAAAUUAGAAAUGUUACGUGCAGUGAGUAUAUUAUUUUUGACCGUGAUAGUUUUGGAUCAGUCUAGUGCUUAUAGAGUAUUAGGAAUUUUCCCAUUAAAUGGCAAGAGUCAUGAAAUGAUGUUUGAAGCAUUAAUGAAAGGAUUAGCUAAACGUGGUCAUCAAGUAGAUGUAAUAACUCAUUUUCCAAUAAAAAAUCCGCCUAUCAACUACAGAACUCUAGUCAAUCUUUCUGGUACAAUGGAAAAUCUUAUAAACAGUUUUUCGAUGGAUUUUGUACUUGGAAUGGCAGAUGAAGUUGGUUAUCACGUAGCUACUGCAUAUGGAAAUAGAUUAUGUGAUUUAAUGAAUUUGAAAGAAAUACAAGAAGUAAUCCAUAAUCCACCAACUAAUCCACCUUAUGAUGUUCUAAUAACUGAGGCUUUUGGAGCAAAUUGUUUUAUGGGAAUUGGUUAUCAUUUUAAUAUUCCCAUUGUAGCGGCAUCUUCAGCCCUAGAGUAUCCGUGGGUUAGCGAUUUUACGGGAAAUAAUGAUAAUCCAGCCGUGGUGCCAAACGCAUUAUUUAUGGCAUUUGGUCAAAUGAACUUUUGGCAACGUCUCAAAAAUACAAUUAUUUAUUAUAACGAAAUUUGGAAAUUUCAUAAACUUACAGAACACAGUCAAACAGAAUCGAUGAGAAAAUAUAUAAAUUCUAAGUUACCAAAUAUUAGAGAAAUUGAAAGAAGUGUAGCAUUGACAUUAGUUAAUAGUCAUUCUAUACUCUAUGGUGUUAAACCAGUUUUACCAACUCUCGUUCAAGUAGGCGGUUUACAUGUCGAAGAAAAUGACUCAAAAUUAUCGAAGGAAUUGUUGAAAUGGAUGGAUGAAAGUAAAGAUGGCGUUGUUUAUUUUACCUUCGGUUCUAUGGUUGUCGUUGAAUCAUUAUCUAAGGAUAUUUUGAAAAUAAUUUAUGCUUCUUUUGCUAAAAUAGCACCAACUCGAGUAUUGAUGAAAGUAGCUAAUGCAACUAAUUUACCUCCUGGUUUGCCAAACAAUAUUUUGCACUUACCGUGGAUACCACAGCAAGCUGUUUUAGCACACAAAAAUACAAAAGCUUUCAUAACGCAUGGUGGUUUGAUGGGCAGUCAAGAGGCUCUAUACUAUGGUGUUCCGAUGAUUGGUGUACCGCUUUUUGCUGAUCAACCGCGAAAUGUAGAAGCUUUUGUAGCAAAAAAUAUGUCGAUCAAAUUACCGUUAAAAGAUGUUUCUGAAAAAACUUUAGAUGCAGCAUUACAAGCUAUACUCUUUGAUUCAAAAUAUAGAAAAAGUGCUAAAUACUACUCAAAAUUAUUUAAAGACAGACCUCUCAGUGCAAUGGACACCGCCGUAUAUUGGAUCGAAUACGUAAUACGUAAUGGACCAAAUAUAAUGCGGUCGCCAUCUUUAAACUUGACUUGGUGGCAAUUAGCAUUGCUUGAUGUUUAUACAUUUAUUCUUCUAGUCUUUAUUCUAUCGAAUAUCAUACUCUACUUCAUAUCAAAAUUCGUUUUAAAAAUUAUGCAUAAUGCAGUUUCAGGUGAUGUUCUUCACGAAAAAAAAAUUAGAUGAAUUUUCUGUUUAAUUGGUAUGCAAAUGUUGAUUAUAAAAUAAUAAUAUAACAAAAAUUACUGAUUGAUAAUAAAAUUCUAAUUUAAUAACUUUCUUCUUCGUUAUAUUCAGCGUUAAGUAUAAUCCAAAUUGUAUCAUGAUAAACCUAUAAGUGCUAUAGAUAUCACAACAUACUGCUGGAUCGAAUACGUAGUCGCGAUGGUCUAUUAGUACUACGGUCCCCAGCUUACGAUCUGAGAUGACAGGAAUUAACUUUAAUCGUAGUUUUCGCAUUUAUAUCGGUAUGUCUUGUUAUCAGAACUUAUUUCAAUAAUCUAUAUAACAUUUAUUUUUCAAAUUCAACUUAAAGUAGAAACUUUCUAAAUCGGAAAAUUUCGGAAAACAUUCUGAGCAAAUGGUUUACACGAGUGUUUAUACAUACACAAAUGCUUUAUGAACAUUAAUUCAAAUAUGUGCUAAACUAGUCUGUUUCUUAGUAUGCAAACAAAUUUUAUGAUUUCAU